CGUCAGUGUUCAAGAUCCACUCUGGCAAAGGCAAACAGCUGCAUCUUCCGACCUGCAUGAGCCAAAAUGCCCUUGUUCACAGCUAGGAUACAUGCACCGCCGCCCUGGAUGCCAAGGAAUCCUGACCCGACGAGAAGAACGGUGUGCUCGACAACAGCGCACUUUCAGCGACAGCAUCGUCGACCAGAUCGCGAGAUACAUGUACUUGGCCUGUUCAUUUGUCUCACAACGCCGUUCCGCAGCCCGCAGUGCAUGAGCAGCGAGCGAUUUGAUCAGUUCUAUGGCUGGCUCAGCGCAGCAAGUGGUGUUUGCGAGCAGCUUGAGCAAGACAAAUCCCCUGUUUGCCUUCGGAUCACAGCGGCACAGGCGGCGAUUUCGAUCCCAUCGCUGGAUUGCCCGUGUGUAAUUGCCCAACUCGGGUUUACUGCUUGCUGACAGCUAUCCAUCGCCGCGGUGGCAGCCGGCGGCAGGUAUAAGGUUGAGUGACGACCCCGCCUUCUUUCGCGAAACCUCGCUGUCGUGGUGCUUUACGACACCGUAGUCGUUCAUUGCGUCAUGACACUGUGUCAUUGACACUGCACUCGCGUUGCUUGCUGCUUUGUCGAUGUAGCAUCGUGGACACUGUAGUAUCCGUCGUUAGUAGUACUAAAUAGUAGUAAUAUUACUACUUAUGGACAUGUAUUAGUACUAUCACAAAACAUUACUUGCUUUUGUUAGCAGCGGGAAAUUUUUUUACGCAGAAAAGGUAAAGG